AUGAAGACCGCAAUAGACCUGCCGGACGAGAUCUGGCAGCCAAUACUGGAAUACCUUACCCCACGCGACUCCGUCGCCCUCCAGUGCGUCUCGAAACGCUUCCUCCGACUUGCACGAGAUAACAAGUUGUGGCGGCGGAAGUGCUUCGAGAAGAGGCCCAAUGCAGGCAACAGAGCCUACAGCCAUCGAGACCCUGCAGUCUGGGAUCCUUCAGCUCCAGGCGAGGAUGUUAACUGGUACGACGAAUACAUAGCCCGCCAUGCACCGUUGCACACCGUUUGGAGCGAGGGCACUGGUUCAGAGUCCCACGAGAUUCUCGGCGUGGCCGUCGAUGAACAUUCAGAGCGCGCCGUUGGCUGGCAGGAAGAUGGAAGCAUACUCAUAUGGGACAUUCGCGAGCAAGAACUGGGCGGACGCAGGAUCCAACGCGUUGCGAAUAGCAGCACGGGAGUGCUCUUCGCUACAAAUGCAGCACAGUCGUCCACGUCGUCUGGGUCCCGAUCCUUCACAAGUCCAACCGAGUCCAUUGCUUUGGAUUUUCGCCAAAAUCGAGCCUAUAUCGCCGUUGGUCCCAACCUGAACGAAGUUGAUCUGGAGACACUGCAGGUCAUAUCACAACAAGAGUAUGCCUGGUCGAUCACUGCUCUGUCCCAACAUCAGACAUCUGAUCUGCCACUGUCAGUCGGCACUUUGUAUAGUCUACAUCUUUACGACCCGCGCAUGACUUUCCGAGAUCGCUCGCGUUCGCCGGAAGACAUGAUGCGACCAACGCCGGGCGAGCCAGAGAACUCGAUUGCAUUCCUACCGAAUCACGCUAAAUUCGACCGGUUCCGCGAGCGAAAGGCUCUCCAAAAUUGGGCUCCUUCGCAACAAAACGCGCACUUAGACUACUCAGCGCCUCGCCAUGGUCGAGGAGGAGGCAGUCAUGCCUACGCUCAAGUAGAGCCCGGCCCACUAUCUAUCCUACACUACGAGCAGCACGAGAUCUUUCUCGCCGGCCGCUUUCCUAGCAUCCUAUCCUAUGACAGGAGAUACUUCCCUCGCCUUCAAUACGUGGUCCACUCAGGAGCAACCCUGUCGUCGCUGACGAGCGUACCGUACGCGCCGAAACCCGCGCAGGGAGGACAAGCUACCCUCAUCGCAGCUGGCGAAUACAAGGGUCGUGGCUCGCUUGAGUUGUAUUCUCUGCCGUAUGCGACAGGCCAGCCGACCGCAGCGGCAGCGUCUACGGACGUGGACGAGAUGAUCAAUGCUGCAGCUGACGCUGAAACUGCUGAGGACGAUAAUGUGAGGAAUGUUGAUAUCACCCACACCGAUACAUUCAAGAACAACAUCGUCAACUUCAUGUCCCGCUCCCCCUACAGCUACAAAAAUCGCCAAGACGCCGCCCCUGCCAAAAUUCUCUCCGUCGCAACACAAGGCACACGCAUCGUCUUCUCCGACGCCAACGGGUGUGUGCACUGGAAAGAGCGCGACAGUCGGGAGCUUGUGAGGAGGUGGAAUAUCAACGACGCUUCGUCACACGCUCCUUCCGCUCCACAAGAGCCAUCUCUUGCUGCGACCAAUGGCGCACGCAGGACUAGUACCAAUAGCGGCGCUGAUCGGGAGGAAGAGCUCGUCGUGCGCAAACUCGUCCCUCUGAGUUACUCCUCGUCGUCCAGCACCAAGCAUGACAUCCUCCUCCAUACCCCGGCUAAGCUUUGCAUCCUCACCACGCAGCCCCAAUACGCCGACCAUGAGACCCUAGCCCGGUCAUUUGAGGCACAGCUGUCCACCGAAAGCAGCGAGGCGGAGGAGGAGAGAGAGCGGGCGGAGGAGUACGCACGGGAGAUGCGGCGAGCGCUAGAACGGCAGGCUGAUGAACGAAUCUGGAUGGGACGCUUUCGGUUGCGGGGUUAG